UUUUUAUUGUAGUCAGUAAAUGCGCCGGCACCGCCCCUGAUCGAAAUCUUUUAGUACACAUAACAGCAGGCGCUGGGUAGGUUAUAUUUCUGAUUGAAUAGAGUACGUAUAUGAAGGCCAUUCCGUUGUACAGUUGUACCAAAAAAAAAAUGAGAUUGUAAGACAAAGAAUUCCGAACCAGUCCCUAUGUGCUCUCACGUGACAAAGAAAAUCGUACGUACGUUGUGUGUUUUAAUUUCCAAGGUUACCGUUAUUUUCGCUAAAUCAUUUAAUAAUCGAUUAAUAAUCGACAGAGCAUUGGAUUCAUUUAUAUGACGAUCGUCUCAAUGAAAUGAUUUCUAUAAACGUUGAUUUGAAAGAGUCGAUAAUAUGGUGGUAUGUACGUUGUUGUCAGUUCUUCUGUUUUUCUGGAAAUUUAAAGAAUUUACUCCUAAAUUUCGUAUAUUUAAUUAUUAUCAUUGAGAAGCUAUUCAUAUCCCAUAAUCUACUGUUAUUUAAAUGCCGUUUAUCCAUAUAUAUCCCUGGGGAUUAAUUUUAAGGAGUGAUCAAGUUUUGACGAGCGUUUCCUUUCUUUUAAAUUAUCACUUCUAUUCUAUAUAUAAACGUUCACAACCCCAGUUACCAACCAACAUAUCUUUUUUGACUUUGAUAUUUCAAGGUACGAGGUUUGUUUGAAAAAUUUCUGGUCCAACAAAGAAAACCUUUUUUUCCAUGUUUAGUUUUUCGAUAUUCUGCAAAAUCCUCACAAAUACUCAUUUAUACGAUUGUGAAACAGAAAAUAAGCUUUCAAAAUGGCUAAAAUUUUAAUUAGACAUGCGCAAAUAUAUUGGUAAGUACUGACAUCUUCAGGAAACUUUGAGACAACCUUCAUAUCUGUCAUACACGUAUUUGUUUAAGGUAUGAUAUCUAAUUCUUAAUAUGUAAAAAGUAUUGAUAUUGAUUUAGUUCGAUUGUAAUAAAUAGAUUACUCGAAUAUCGGGAAAAAAAUCCAGUUUAUUAUAAAUUAGAGCGGUGCUCCAUUGGAAUAGGCACUUGGAAAUAAAUUGACGAAAAUAAUUUUUAUUUAUAGCGAACAUAUAUCUCAAAUUGAAGCUGACUAUAAAUUAAAAAGAAAUAUCAUGAUAUUAAAAUUAAAUUUAAGUCAAUUCGAUUCUAGACAGAGGAUAUUCGUGUACGGAUGUUGUACAAUCCCUUUAAAAAUAAUCUCGUGUCUCGUUCGGAAAUUCUACAUGUUUGUAUGCGUAUUUGCAUUUGUAUGUACGACUACGAGUGUGAGUGUACUUGAAGAAAAGGUCGCAGCGACAACAUCGAAAACUAGGAUGAGAUGCUUGAGGGGUUAUGCGGGGUGUCCGUCCAAUCUGACACAUCUGGAAUAAUCGAUACAUCCCUAUUCAAACCCUCUCUUUUCUUGAAAAGUUUCCUCCAUUAUGGUAGUCUAUACCAUACCGGGAGUGUUUAAAAACAUUUAAUAUAUUUACGAGGACGAUACGCAAAGUAAUAUGAAUAUUUUUCGUGAAUUUAGUUUUAAAUAUACUUAUAAUCUACUUAAAAUUAAAACGGAGCGACUUUAAUAUGAAGUAAUUUGUAAUAUUAGUCAAGUCUUUGUGAAAUAUUGAUUAUCACGAGCAUCAAUUUUCAAUAUUACCAACACGAAUUCGUGAUAUUUGAUAUAACUAGCAUCAAAUUACGUUAACUCUUACAAAAAUGAAAAAAACGUUUGAAAUUCUUUAUGAAAUAGGUCAUUAAACAAUUCUAGAAUGUUGAGAACAUAACGAACUUUUACGAGGGUUGAGACACAAGUAUGGUUAAUAUGUAAACGGGUUACAAAAGUUCUCUAUGACAUUACCGAGCUAGGUCAGUGAACCCAAUGAGUUCACCAGUGUAGUACGACGUCUUGAGACUUUUUACUGUAUGACAAGAUUUUUGUUUGUUGGACCCAGUCGUUAGCAAAAGCCAAUAACUUUCGAGAAAUCGAUCGGAUGCUUUAGCUUCAACCCUUUGAUGACAAUAGGCAAACUGUGAGGCUUGUAAGUAUUUAAAUCGCGUUUGUUUAAGUGCAGAACACUCACAGAUGACGUCGUCUAGAACAAUCUACAAGGGCUAAGACAAGCAAAGAUACUUCUGGGAAACUGUAACCAAAGAUCUAUCGAAUGAAUGCUGGAAGGUGCUUAGCAGAGGACGUGCAGAUUCUGCUACAAUUUUUUUUUAAGUGUAAGAAACUCCAAAUAAAAUAGAAGAUGUCGAUGUUUGUCAUAUCAAUGUGAUGUGUAUUGUGUUCUCAUUCUUUUCCAACGUCAAGGUGUGUUACAUUAAUUAAUGAUCUGUUUAUUAUCCGUACAUGUCCUUUCGCACGUAUGUAUCAAAUUUUUCGAUCGAAAUGGUAUAUUCAAGAAGUAAAUAGUUGUCAUAACAUUUGAUUUAACCCUCGUAGAAUAUUAUGAAAUAUUACCACCUAAUUAUAGAAGCGUUCGUCUUUCUGACUGUUGUUAAAUUCUGAAAUUUAUUUUUCUAGAAACAUUGACCUUCAUAUAUUUUAUUAUACAAUAGUUCAUUUUGGAAUGACGUCACAACCAGCCGCCAUAUUGUCUUCUGGGACAAAUAUAGCGUUAUUUACAUUGAAGUUAUGGUUAUAUUGGUGUUUUAUUUUCAUGUUUUUUUUUACCAUAGAUAUCUAUUUAAUUGAAAAAGGCGUUCGAAAUAAUCAAUUCUACAUAUACAAAUCAAAUAAAGUCUUCGUUCGUCCACCACGACAGUAUGGUGGACGUCUCAAAUCACGUUACUAUCAAGUUACUUCAAAGUUUAUUACUUCUAUUUGUAUCAAGUUACAAUUACUAUUAGUAAUGAUAAUAUAAAAUAUUUGAAAGUAGUUUUAGUGUUGGGUAGGCAGUAAACGUCAAAAAUAUAUAGAAUUCCCCAGAUUGAUAAAACAAUUUCAACGAUUUUCUUGCUAUUGAUUGUCUAUAACUAAAUGUUCUCUAUUACCCUCCACAUGAUCCAUUUUUAUAAAGGGUUGGUUGAGUGUUUGUUGUAUUGUACCAUUUGUAAGUGUAAGCGGGGCGAAAAAAUAUUGAAAUGAAUUCGAAAUACCUAAUACCUACCGUCAACAGUUCAUAGAGCUAUACGAGAUUUCACGACUUUCGAAAAAAAUGGCCGGCCCUCGUUUCGCUGUGCAAAGUGUACGUAGUACAUACCUAUCGGCAUAGCGGCGUUAGGGUCGAUAACCUACAUUAUUUAGCAUUCUAUUAUGUGUCUUGUGUACCUGAACUCAAUGGUCGUCGAGUGUACACACAACACAAAACACAAGAAAACACAUAAUACACAAAACUCUUGCUCUCGCCGACUACGAUGAAGUAGCUUUAUUAGCCGUUCUAAAAAUGUCGUCCCUCUCUUCGGAACCGACUUAUUCUAGCUAUUUGGUAGUAGGCUGUGCAUUGCAUUGAUUUAAUCCGUCAGAAAAUUAUCUCUAAAUGUCCGUCUUCGGAGAUGGUCGAGAUCCGUUCAUUUUGAUUUUAUCGAGAGAAAGAGAGAGAGAGAGAAAAUCAUUAUUGUCGUCGGUACGUUGAAUGUUGUUUCGCAUUAAAAUUGUGUCAAAUGUGCUGUAAUUGUGUAGUGAUCUCGUUGACAUGGCAGUCUUCUGUUUAUUGGUGAGUCUAAUAAUUGCAAAUAUUUAACAUUCAUUCAUAUGUUUUCGAAAAAAAAAAAAAUGUUAAUUCGUAUAAAGUUUGACAGACGAUUACGGUUCCAUCUAUACGUAUUGAAAUCAAACAGUUUUCACAAAAAGAAAUUUAUAUAUACAACAGAUGUUAAAUUAGACAUAAUUUCUCUAAUGCUCGAUUUUACUGAAGUUAGUAGUAAGUAUAUAAUUCAUGAAACUUUGGUUUUUUUAUCAUUAGAAAGUUAAAGCGAAUCUUACCAACAAAUAUAUCCAACCAAAUUAGCAAACAAAUAUUAAUGUCAGUUUAAAAAACGAUGUUUAUUAUUAAUGAUUACAUUGUUAUAAUGAAAAAUACAUCGUUGCCGUAGCUCUUCAAUUUCGUAGUAGAUAUUAGGAUAGAAUUUGGUUUUAAAAUUGUUUAUCAAAUAAGAGAGUGUAGAUUCUUAAUGGUUGAUAUAGAAAUUAUAUUCCACGCAUAUCUAAAAAUAAAUGAUUCUAUUAAUAAAAAUCGAUGACUGUUUGAAAAGUCGUGUACGUGAGACUAGUAAUAACCUGAACAGUUGAAAAUUGAAUAAUAAGACUUAUACAUAUCUCUAACGAUACGUUGAAAAGUCUACCAGCUGGUAGUAGAUAAUCGGUGUGCGGUGUUGCCGUAUCUCGGGCUUCCCGAACAGGUAAAUAAAUUUUGACUGAAAGUCGAUAUGAAGGGUGUCAUGUAGACACCGGAUGUUUUGUCAGAGACGUACGUAAUUAUCAUAAAAGGGGAGAAAUAUUUAAUAGAGAACGUUUUGGAAAAUAUUGAAAAAGACAGAAAACGACCGAAAAAAUUAACAUAUUUCAUCUUUCGACUACUAUAAAACCCGGAUAUUUUUUACCUUUUUACCACAUUUGUUAUCCACAAAUUAGUGCCUCUUAUUAUAGUCAACUAUAAGAUGAAAAUCAGUUUUUUUUACUAUAUAUUAUAAUGUCAACUUUGAAUAAAUAAACAAUUAACAUAUACCUUGUAUUUUAGCAUAUUGUUAUAUAAAAUUUAAAGUCAUGCUUGUUAUAAAUAGCACGUUUUCAGUGAUAAAAUGGUUUACAUUGUUGUCAUAUCGCGUAAUUUUAUUAUUUACUUCAUUUACUAGACAUUUAUGAAAUGUUUUCGUUAAGGAAGAAGAUCGCCCUGUAUAGUUGUUUGAAAUUCGGUUACCAAAUAAUUUAAAAGUAGGUAUACCCAAGUUCGACGACAUGCAUUUCAGAUAAAAUGUUUAGAUCAACUUUUUGGAGUUAGUCGGCUACAAAUAUUUUCAGUUUUCAGUGAGUCAGUGUUAUUUUUAGAAAGAACCAUUCAUCUAAUUUUGAAUCACGGUUUCGUUUUAAUACUAGAUAUGGUGGUAAAUAUCUGAUUUUUUUUUACUUAAUGUUAAAUAUUGUGUAUUAUCAAAGAUUCCUAACAAAAAAUUUGAUUUUGUAUUUGAAAUUUGUGUUAUAAUACGAGGAUUACUACUAAAAUUUCGAGGUAUGGCAACACUGAUGUGAAUAUGUCAAAUUUGACAUUGUCAUUAUAAAUUUUGACAUAUUUAAAAACGCGUUGUUUAGAAUUGAACAUUUUCGCGCGAUGAUUUCGACGUGUGUUGAUUAACUCGCGCGAGAUUGAGGUAUACUUAGGCUUUAAUUCCACUCGCAUAUAUUCAAUAUUGCAUGAACAACGUUUUUCAACACCUGAAGAAGCGGUUGAUGCGUUCACGAUCAAGCCAUAUCCAACUUGAGUAUCAACCCUCGUAUUAGAACGAGAUACAAAGAAAGUUAUGAUAUAUAAUGUUCCUUCUAAUUGCUCCUUCCAUCGUCCUAUUUCAUACCAAAUUAGUCAUUUAUUAUUAAAUGAUACGUUCAAAUUUUCCACUUAACAUUAACGAAAUAAACUGAUCCAAUAUGUCUUCUGCAAUUAUCAAAGUUUCAUUGACUGGUCUAUUUUUAAAAAUUUAAACACCAUCAAGUGGAAAAUCUGCCAACAAAAGUUUUGUUUGUUUUAUUUGCCAAACGAAAACGAAAUAUUUUCUACAUUACUUACAAUUUAUUAAGAAAAUUCAACAUAUUAUAAUUGUGUGAAUCAUACAUUAAGAACGUAGUCGAUGUCUCAUCAUAUAACGUAAUUUGACACGUCAUCGAGGCAAUGCCUUUUAUUCUAUAUUCAUACUUAAAAAAAUUAACGAAAAUCAAAUUGAAACAUUUACAUACACAUAAUUUAUCAAAAUACGUAUCGUAUUAUCGACGUAACGCCUAAAUAACACACCGGCAACGCCGCGUAGUUUAUUUUUUUUUUUUUGUAAUGCGCAACUCAUAAACAAUCAACAAUUUGUUUGUGCAUACAAGCGUAGAAAUAAUUGUUGCUGGGUUAAUAGCUCGAUAGUAUAAUUGAAAUAUGUAGGUAUAUCAUCGACGUAUUAAAACCGAAAGAUUUUUCUGUAAACUAAUAAUAACAUAGGACGGAAGCCGAUUAUUUAUGUAUCGAGAACUGGCAACGCUGCUUGCCGUGUUUGAGAUUGACAUUUGCAAUAGUUCAACAUUUUUGUAUAUUUGUGUUAACAAUUAAAAAAGUUCAUCUCGAUCAAAAAUAACUAACGAAGUCGAAGCGGUAUCCAUGGCCACCGAAUAUCGCUAAUUAGGUACGUUGAAUCUCGAACGCGGCCUUUGGCAAAAAAACCAAUUCAUUAUUAGAGGCCAGCGCUGCAAUGGCGAAAGUUCAAAUUUGACUAUUUGUACAUUUUUAUAUUUCAAGUCGCUAUAUCGAGCUUCCAUCAUUAAAUUUUUUGUAUAUUAUUUCGUGUAUUAUCAAGAUAUUAUCUAAAGUAUAUACAGAGUGAUCUACAAGUAUAAAACGCAAUACAGUUGAUGUUAUAUCGUGGUAUUUACACUGUUGUCGGUUGUAUCGUUUUUCUGGGAAUAGAAUCAUUGAAUAUUUUAUAUAUACAGGGUGUUCAGGCACUUGAUGUAAAAAGUUCGGGAGUGAGUAGAUGACGAUAAAAAAUUUUUCUCAUACGGCCCUUCGUUUCUGAGUUAUAAGCAUUUAAAGCUGCAAAAUCAGAACUUAUAUGUUAGUAUAUUUUCUAAAUUAUAUACUAUGAAUUUUUUAGGGAUGAUUAUGUACGUCCAUGUAGUGUGUUUUAUCUGCGCAUGGUUUUGAUCAAGAAAUAUUGAAUUCCAAGUUGUUUAAGCGACCUUAAUAAUGCUUAAAGAUAAAAAAAUUCUUAUUUUUGUAACCUCGGCUGGAGACUCUUCCUCAGGAACUCGUAUCCGGCUUCAGUAUAUAUAAAUAACUCCAAAAUAAAUAAAUCAGAAGUGACUAUUGUACCGCAAUAAGUUGACAAAGGAAUAAUCAAAAUGUUUGAAGAAAAACGUAACAUGCAAAAAAUCAACUUUCGGUUAAUUAUUAUUUCAAUAGUUCGAGUUAUUUGCGAUCCAAAAUAUUUUUGAGCGUUCAAACCCAUUUUAUAACGGAAAUUUUGAGGUUAGGAAAAAAUGCUUGGUGACCAAUCUGUAGAGAAUUUUGUGCUGUACAUUUUUUGAUGCGGCAGUUUUUUCGAAUUCCCCAUAGUUUUCGAGUUAUUCGCGAUUCAAAAUAUUUUUGAGUGUAUAAACCGAUUUUAAGGUGAAAAUUUCGAGGUUAGAAUCAAAUACCUAGGAUACUUUUUUGUAGAUAAUUUUGUACUCUACAUUUUUUGGUACAGCAGUUUUUUUCGAAUUCCUUAUAGUUUUCGAGUUAAUCGCGUUUCAAAAUUUUUUUUAGUUUCAAUUCCUAAAAUUAAAAGAGUUGAUAAAUUUAUUCAGUAUCCCAAAACCUCCGUGAAUCUAGAAAAUCAAAACCGCACAAUUCAAUUUAAAUUUUUAGCUCAAAAUCGCCUAAUUUGCCUGUACUAUUUAUAUAGGGAUGAAUAUUUCUGUAAGUUGGUUGCACGUCUCAAUUUCUUUCAAAAAUAUUCAAGUUUAAUUAAGAAUAACGGAAAUUUUUAUUCCUUUAGUAUAAUAUAUUCUCGAAAUUUUAUCGAUAACACUUUAUACGUAAACGGAAACUUGUUAACAAUAAAUUUUUUCAAGUACUAACUCAUACUUAUCUUUUUUAUCUAUCAGCUGUAUAUACCAGUAAAUGACGUUCCACAUUUGAAACCAAACCAAACAAUCCGACUCAAAAACCGAUCCGUUUAUAAUAUUUGUACGUCGAGAACGUACGAUAAUUAUCAAUUCAUGUAAUUUGUUAACAAAAAAAAUAUGUAAAAUAAUAAAUUGGCGGCCAGUGUGUUGAUUACGACGUCCUAUACUAAUCUAUCUAUUCAUUUUGUUAUAUUUUCAUCGGCGAACGUGUGUUUCGUGUAUUUGUUUUCGUUCCUUUUUAUGUGCCUAGCCGCGUUUUAAUUUAUAUUGAUGUCAGCUGGAUCUCAGAUACAGAUGGCACCACAGUCAACAGUAAACACAACUCAGCCCGUACAUAGCCAAGACUCCAAUAUGAGUACAGGUUCCUCUCACAGUGACAAAGAGCUGGAUCCGAAUACUCCCGAAAAAUUACCCAGGACACCGAGCGAACGGAAGCGGAAACGGAAAGCGGAAGACAGCGGCGGAGGAGGUGUUGGAGGACCGCCGGUAGCUAAGGGGGCUGUGCGUAAUCAAAAUACUGAUAAAAAAAUCAACGAAUACUUCAAACAUUCGGGUAACAGUCAUAGUCCAAUUAGGCACGGCGGUGCGAAAAGUCCCUCACCUCAACAACCAUACGCAAUGUUACCACCUUCACCGCAACAAGUGGGGAUGUCGUCCCCGCAAGUUUGUAAUACAGCUUUUGAAUUUUACAAACAACCCUUGAGGGUGCCACCUCAAACUAUGGUACACAAAUUGAUACAGACUGACCUAACAUGUCAUAGGAUACAGGAGUUCGAAACUCAGGCGUCGUCCGAUUUAGAAAUGGCAAAUACAAAAAUAGACGAAUUAAAAAGGGCCAACGAAGAACUGAGGCAUCAGAUAUCGACGCAACAAAAAUCCAUAGACCAACACAAACAACAAGUGAAUAAGUGUAUAGAGGUUGUCAAAAAACUGCUCAAAGAAAAAAGUUCGAUAGAGAAAAAGGAGGCGAGACAAAAGUGUAUGCAAAAUAGGUUAAGGUUAGGACAAUUCGUUACGCAAAGGGUGGGGGCGACGUUCCAGGAAAAUUGGACGGACGGGCACGCGUUCCAGGAAUUGGCGAGGCGGCAAGAAGAAAUAACGGCGGAACGAGAAGAAAUAGAUAGACAGAAGAAAUUAUUGUUAAAGAAAAGGCCAUCGAAUAAUGAAAGCGGUCGAAAAAGAAAUAAUUCUAGCGCUUUGUUAAACGGAACGGAUUCCGGUUUUUUGAAACCGGACGCGGUACCGGGCUCGUUUACGUUACAGGAAUAUUACGAGGCCGACGAAAUAUUAAAAUUAAGGCAAAACGCUUUAAAAAAAGAAGACGCCGAUCUCCAACUCGAAAUGGAGAAAUUAGAAAGGGAACGUAAUUUGCAUAUUAGAGAAUUGAAACGUAUCCACAACGAGGACCAGAGUAGGUUUAAUAAUCAUCCAGUACUCAAUGACAGGUAUCUACUGUUGAUGUUAUUGGGUAAAGGGGGGUUCAGCGAAGUGCACAAGGCGUUUGAUCUCAAAGAACAACGGUACGUCGCCUGCAAGGUGCAUCAGCUCAAUAAGGACUGGAAGGAAGAUAAGAAAGCCAACUAUAUAAAACACGCGUUAAGGGAGUACAAUAUACAUAAGGCGUUAGAUCAUCCGCGAGUAGUUAAAUUAUACGAUGUGUUUGAAAUAGACGCAAAUUCAUUUUGUACCGUACUAGAAUACUGUGAUGGACACGAUCUUGAUUUUUAUCUAAAGCAGCAUAAAACGAUACCCGAAAGGGAGGCGAGAUCGAUAAUAAUGCAGGUCGUGUCUGCCUUGAAGUACCUGAAUGAGAUUAAACCUCCUGUGAUCCAUUACGAUCUGAAACCGGGUAAUAUCCUGCUGACUGAAGGUAACGUUUGUGGCGAAAUCAAAAUAACCGAUUUCGGUUUAAGUAAAGUGAUGGACGAAGAAAAUUACAACCCCGAUCACGGUAUGGAUUUGACGUCACAAGGCGCCGGCACGUAUUGGUAUCUUCCUCCGGAAUGUUUUGUAGUGGGCAAGAAUCCUCCGAAGAUAUCAUCGAAGGUGGACGUAUGGAGCGUAGGCGUGAUAUUUUAUCAGUGUCUGUACGGUAAAAAACCUUUUGGACACAAUCAGUCGCAAGCGACCAUUUUAGAAGAGAAUACGAUAUUGAAAGCGACCGAAGUGCAGUUCGCAAACAAACCGGCGGUUACAAAUGAAGCAAAAAGUUUUAUUCGUAGCUGUCUGGCUUAUAGAAAGGAGGAUCGCAUCGAUGUCCUUUCGCUGGCGAGACACGAAUACCUCCAACCGCCCAUGCCUAAACAUUCGAGAUUAACAUCGAAUCAACAGCAACAACAACAGCAACAGCAACAACAACAACAAUCGGCAUCGUUUUCGGCGGGUAUAUUCGGAGCAAUGAAUGCGUCGUCGUCGUCUUAGUAGACCAGAUCCCGGGGACGAAAAAAUCAAAACUCGAACAAAAGGAAAAAAUUACAAAUAGAUGUUUCAUGAUUUUUAACGGGAAAUGUGAGUCUUAUUGAAAUUUGUUGCUAAAAAAGUGUUUGAUCUAAUGAAAAAUGUUUUAUUGAAUUUUAUAAAAUACUUUUAUCGAGUAAAAACUUGUUAAAAAUUUUCAACUUUUGUAAAUUAUUUAAUAAAUAAUUAGAUUUUGAAUAUUUAUAACAACUCAAAUAACAAUAUAUAAAAAGUCAAAUAUUAAAAUACAAACAAAAUAAAAAAAUACAACUGAAAAAAAA